GCUCCCUCUCCACCGCCUCUCCUUUUUAUAAGCUCCCACCCCUCGUCGCCUUCUCGGCCUACCAAAUCCUCUCUUUCUCCACCGACGGUUUCCUUUUCUCUUGCUCCCGAACCCUUAUCCUUUCGAUGCUCUUGGAGCUCUCCGGCGAGCAUCUCGGCUUCGUAAGAGUUGUAGUAGCGGCCGCUUCGCGGGCUUCGGCACCAUGGCGAACGCACCGCCUCCUCCGCAGGAUGGCAUAGGGGACGAUUUUUUCGAGCAGAUCUUCUCGAUGCCGCCGCCGCCUUACGCGGGGGGGGACGGCGGCGGAGGCGGAGGAAUCGCUGGGGGAGGCGAGGGGGGCAUGCCCCCCGGGAUGGUCCUCUCCCGCGAAGGUGGCUCCGGCGCCGGCGGGACGUCGGGGUUCCCUCUGGGGCUCAGCUUGGAGAGGGGCUCCGGCAGCGGCAAAAGGCUUCGGGAGGAAUCGGAGGCCAAGGUGGAGAGGGAUCCGGUGCAGUUAACGGGACUGUUUCCUCCGGGGUUUGGUCACCUUCAGUCUCAUCAAAUCCGGCCGAAUCCUCCCGCUCCUACUCCUCCUCAGACUUUUCAUGGGCAAGCGAAGCAAGGAGGGGUUGCUGCAGGGUCACAACCACCAGCCCCCCGACCAAAGGUGCGGGCACGGCGGGGUCAAGCCACUGAUCCUCAUAGUAUUGCCGAGAGGUUACGUAGAGAAAGAAUAGCAGAAAGGAUGAGGGCUCUGCAGGAGUUGGUCCCAAGCACCAAUAAGACAGACAGAGCAGCCAUGCUUGAUGAGAUCUUAGAUUAUGUGAAGUUUUUGAGGCUCCAAGUGAAGGUUUUAAGCAUGAGUAGGCUGGGCGGCGCUGGUGCUGUGGCACAGCUGGUAGCUGAUAUCCCACUACCGGUUGAGGGGGAGGCAAGCGAGAGUGGGAGGAAGCAGCAGGUGUGGGAGAAGUGGUCAACAGAUGGCACAGAACGGCAAGUAGCGAAGCUCAUGGAAGAAGACAUUGGAGCAGCAAUGCAAUUCCUCCAAUCCAAAGCCCUGUGCAUGAUGCCAAUCUCCCUUGCCAUGGCUAUCUAUGACACGCAUAGCCAGCCUGAAGGCCACACAGUAAAGCCUGAACCCAACACCUCUUCAUAGACCAAGACCAUCGUCCAUAGAACCCAUGGACGGCUACUGCAUUUUGGCUCCAUACAUGUGUAUGAAACUUGCACGGUCCAAUCCUCCAAUAGUACUUCUGAUAGAACCUGAGAAGCAUCUCCGUAGCUGCACGAGUACCAGAUGUCACAUACUCAUUUACCCUUUUUCCUUUCUUUUUUAGUGUGUGUCAAAGGAGCUGUAAUUGAAAGGCUAUGGUAAGGCAAAGAGUCUACCAGUGUCUCCAUAUCUUUUGACAUUUUUGAGUGGGAGGAAGACGUUGCCAAUGGUCAUGCCUGCUCUUAUUGUCCUGUGGCGGCUGUAGUGCACUAACCAUACACUUUGUGGUGGGGACUUCUUUUUUGUAGUGCGUUCAGGGACUAAUCAAAAAGGUGUGGAUGGUUUUUUAUAUUUA